AUGGUUUCUCCCCGGGAUCAGGACGAAAUCGGCGGGCCCAGCAACAGCCGGAGUGGAAGUGAUAGUGAGACUACUCUCCAGGGCGGAAAUGGGGUAGAAUCUGGGAGUAGAAACGGGGAGGGAAGCGAUAGCAGCAGUCAGAAUGCCAGCGCCAACGUCAGCGCAAAUCUGACCCCUCAACUGGAACAACCGCUACUCACACCACAGAUCCCUAUCCCUCACCUCCAACUUCCAAAGGGAAAAGAGAAGAAGAGAGUUGGCUUCCUCAGCGAUAGACCACCAGCCCAGGCCGGCGGCCCUCCAGCCCCCCAGGUAGUCGUCACUCCAGAUGGACAGGAGUAUGCUGCGGAGGAUUACUUCUCUUCGCCCAUCAACGAAUAUGACUUUGCCACGACCCCUCCAACCCACUCCUUCGCGACUCAAGGAACGAAGCGCGACUCUUUUAAUAAGGAUGAGAUCACUGCUGCCCUAGCCGAGAUUCUGAGGCCCGAGCUUCACAUUCAGGGCAGUUCCGCCCAUCCCGUCCGGCCUCGUCCUGUUCUUCGGAAAAACACUACUGUUCCCAAUCCCCAGCCCGAUAUGCUCAAGCCUCCCCAUCGAUCCGAGGUGGAGGCACGCAACCGCGCCGACAAGCUUGCCCACGCCGUCGGUACUUCAUCAGCUGCUACUCUGAACGGGAACGUGCCGGCAAUCGGUACUUCUGUCAGUCGCGACUUCGAGGCCCAGGAACAAGACGACUUUCACAGCCUCCGGGCUCGCAGAAAAUCACAGCAAGUUGCCAAUGACCUCGUUCGGAACCAUACACGCCGCAUUAGCGCCUUCAACGCUCUCAACCGCCCACAAACCGCCGUCAGCACGCACGCAUCCGGAGCUACCACGCCAGUCCCUCACGACCUGGACUAUGUACCUCGCCCAGAAAAGUAUAGGGGUGGUAUUCUGGGGAACUUGCUCAAGUUAUACAACGCAGACGAGAAUACGGGAGCAGCAACGCCUGGUGGCUCCAGUACCAUGACCACCCCGACUCAAACACCGAACAGAACGCCAGCGUCGAGUCCUCCUACCUCCAGGCCCAGUACUCCCAAGUUGGAAAAGGACCGGGGGAGACACCGCGGGUUUCGGUCAGCGUCUACAUCAAGGCUUAUGGAAUCAUCCUUCAUGUUUGCUGUACCCGGUGCUGCAAAAGAGGUGUCUGAAGCCACGCAAAAGGUCAGGGAGGAAAAGGAUAAGACCAAGAGACGGUCGAGGUCGAGACUCCGAGCCGACAAGCAAAAACUGGAAGAGUUCCGCAUCACCAAACACAUUGCAGAGAUUAUCAGCCGCCACCGGUACCUAUUGAAGCUGUGCAAUGCGUUGAUGAUGUAUGGUGCGCCCACACAUCGGUUGGAGGCUUACAUGAGAUCGUCCGCCCGCGUCCUUGGCAUUGAAGGCCAGUUCAUGUACCUGCCGGGAACCAUGAUCAUCUCAUUCGACGACAGCAACACCCACACCACCGAGAUGAAAAUUGUUCGCAGCAAUGCCGGCGUCGACCUCGGAAAACUACGCGACGUUCACGAGGUUUACAAGGAGGUCGUUCAUGAUCUCAUCAGCGUUGACGAGGCUACAUCCCGAUUGAACGAUAUCACGAAUCGGAAGAACAAGUAUCCUACUUGGUUGCGUGUGGUGCUCUUUGGCGUGGCCUCCGCGACAGUCGCCCCUUUUGGUUUCGAGGGUCGGUACAUCGAUAUGCCCAUCGCUUUCAUCCUCGGGUGCAUGGUUGGUAUCUUGCAACUUUAUAUUGCGCCUGCGAACGAACUGUACGCAAACGUCUUCGAAAUCACGGCCGCUCUCGUCACCUCCUUCUUUGCGCGUGUUUUCGGAUCGAUCCACAAUGGACAGCUGUUUUGCUUCUCCUCACUUGCACAGUCGUCAAUUGCUCUGAUCCUUCCGGGUUACAUGGUACUUUGUGCAAGUCUGGAGCUACAAAGUCACUCCAUGAUAUCCGGUUCGGUCCGCAUGGUUUACGCACUGAUUUACUCGCUGUUCCUUGGUUACGGAAUUACUAUCGGGUCCGUUAUCUACGGAUAUAUGGACGACAAAGCCGUUAGUGCCGUGCAUUGUAGUAUUGGUCCUGAGUGGUACAGUAAACGGCCAGACCAAAACUAUUACAUCCUAUUUGUAUUGCCUUUUACCUUGUGUCUAUGCGCCAUCAACCAGGCCAAGUUCAAGCAGCUUCCAGUCAUGGUUGUCAUCUCACUGGCAGGCUACUGCGUGAACAACUUCUCAUCGAGAUACUUCUCAGGAAACACGACCCUUUCGAACUCAUUAGGUGCCCUCUGCAUCGGAGUCCUGGCGAACCUCUACUCGCGGGUGGGACGCGUAGUGCUAAACACGAUACUCGAUAUCUGGGAAGGGAUCUUUCAGCCGCGCAUCGCUCGUCUCAAGGGAAAGAACCACAGGCGUUUAUACUCCACCGAAGGAGGAUCCAACAGCUCGUUCCGCAAAGACACAGACCCAGAAAUGGGCCUACCGACAGAAAAGCCCUCCGCAACCCCUCACAAGCACACCCGCCGCAUCGGAUACGGGCUUGCAGCCGCCGCUAUGCUGCCCGCCAUCUUCGUGCAGGUCCCCUCAGGCCUGGCUGUCAGCGGCUCGCUCCUCAGUGGCGUUCAGAGUGCCGACCAAAUCACCCGCAACGAGACUCUCUCUGCCGACGGACAGACUUUCACUCCAGCCACGCAAGCGCAAACGGCAGAUCUGAACAGCACGGCAUUCAACGUCUUGUUCAGCGUCAUCCAGGUUGCUAUCAGCAUCUCGGUUGGACUUUCGCUGAGCGCGCUCAUUGUUUAUCCGUUUGGCAAGAGGAGAAGCGGUCUCUUCAGUUUCUAA